AGUGUAAGAUUCAACAAAAAUAAAGUUGAAAGAAAUUCAUACAAAAUCCGUGAAUUUGUUAAGAAAUACUGAAAAAACCAAAAACAAUCUUCAAAAAGCCGAUGAAUUUGUAUAAUUACUUAUCAACAGUCAAUCGACUGUGGAAUAAUGAAGAUGGUAAUGGAGUAUCUCGAUUUAUAACAAUAAAUGGAAAUCACUCAACAAAUGUUAAUCUCCACGUUGAAAAUCCUGAUGCUGCUGUUGAGCGAACUAUUCCAACGCCACUUGAUGAAAUCAUCAGUUGUCACAUAAAAGUUCUUUUCUAUCUUCAUGAGAAUCCUCCUGACUAUGAUGAGGCUUACAAAUACCAAUCAGCAUGUGUACAAGCAGUUGUUAAGAUGUUGCAAGCAUUAAAAGAGGAAAAUUGGUGUCUCCCAAUAAUGUAUGUAACAUGUCUCGAUCUACGUCUUCUUGCACUUAAGUGUGAAUAUAUUGGAGGAUCAGCAAAAAGUGGACAAGUUAUGGAAAAAGCUGCCGAAUGUCUCAUGUCAUGUUUUCGCGUAUGUGCAGCUGACAACAGAACUGAAGAGCGUGACACCAAAAGAUUAGGAAUGCUGCAUCUUGUUAAUCAAAUGUUUAAAGUUUAUUUUCGUAUCAACAAACUCCAUUUAUGUAAACCACUUAUCCGAGCUGUUGAGAGUUUGUCAUUCAAGGAAUCAUUCUCAAAAGCACAACAAAUCACUUACAAAUAUUUCGUUGGACGAAAAGCGAUGUACGAUUCAGAUUAUAAGACUUCAGAUGAAUAUCUCACAUUUGCAUUCAGUCAUUGCCCGAGUAAAUUUGUUAAGAACAAAAGAUUGAUUCUCAUCUACUUGGUGCCUGUUAAAAUGCUCCUUGGCUACAUGCCACGAAAAGAAACAAUGGAAAAAUUUAAAGUUCCCCAAUUUCAUGAGUUAGCUUGUGCAUUGAAACAAGGAAAUGUCAGAGCGUUUGAUGAUGUCAUGCAGAAAUACGAAUCGUUCUUCAUCGAAACUGGAAUUUAUAUCAUCGUCGAGAAGUUGAAAAUCAUCGCUUAUCGGAAUCUUUUUAAGAAAGUUUAUCUCAUCCUUCAAACUCAUCAAAUCGAUCUCGAACAUUUUCUUACUGCUUUAAAAUUCGUUGGCGAAGAUGAUGUGACAAUGGACGAGACACAUUGCAUUGUUGCGAAUUUAAUAGCUGAGGGUAGAAUCAAAGGAUAUAUUUCGUACCAGCACAAUAAACUUGUCGUUUCUAAGCAAACAAGUCCUUUUCCAAGUCUCUACGGAACAACAUCUUAAGUUAUCCUUUCAAUUACUUUAAAAAAUAAACUCAGAAGAAGAAAAAUUCUUGGAAGUGUUUUUACACCUGAAAAGCUUUUGAAUAAAAUGAGAAAAUAUUUUCUUUGAUUAAA